AAGGAGCUGUAGGGAGUUGAGCUCUGAACGCCGGGCGGCUCGGUGGUCUGUUAUCGCGGUUCUGCUCGCCUGAAACGGAGCGCACCGGAUCGUCACGCGCUCGCUGGUAGAACGGAAAGCGGCGCCGGUGCGCGUGCACGAUUCACCGAGAGCUACCGAGUGAAAAGAGACGAGCGGAACGGAACGAAACGGAGCGGAGGGAUGGUGGAUAAUAGCGGCAGCAGCAAAACACAGAUGGAGGCCGGUUUGGCGGGUGGGUUCCCCCAUAGCGCCUCGGCAGGGGUGAAGCUGGAGGCCAUGAUGGAGCAGCUGCAACGGCAGCAGCAGGCGCGUCUGGAGAUGGAGCACAAGGAGCGGAGACUGCGUGAGGCUCACAUCAUGUACGCGCAGCAGGUCGCGGCUCAGCAGGCCAUUCUGGCCGCCGCACGGGCUUCCGGGGCCGGAUUCGUGGGCAAGAGCCUCAUUGUGGGGCCUGGACAGCCGCCCCGCGUCUCCAAUCAAAGCAGUUUGGACUCGGAACGCGAGGACGAGGAGGAACGGGGCCGGGACUCGGAUGAGGACGAUGAUGACGAUGGGAUGAUGGAGGGCGAUGAAGGCAGCGAGGAAGACGACAGGCCGGCCAGCGGGUUGGAGUUCCUCAGGAAGCAGACGCUGGCGCUGCAGCAGGGAGCCAUUCGUAUGGCCGGACGGCCGUUCGGGAGCUUCUCGGACCCCGCGGCCGCCGCGGACGCACAGGGAGCUCCGUCACCCGCCGUCAGGGUCAAACAGGAACCCGAGGAUGAUCUCUCACCCGUCGAGCAACCAUCAGCGUCUUCUCCUAACGGUCAGGCGGACUGGAGCUACGAGGAUCACUUUAAAGUGAACGGCGGUGUGUCCUGGCCGGAUGAUGUGGAUGCUGCUCGUGGGAGAGGGGAAGCGUCCAGAGAUUUCGCCAAGUUGUAUGAGCUGGAUAACGACCCGCACAGGAAGGAGUUCCUGGAUGACCUUUUCACCUUCAUGCAGAAACGAGGCACUCCGGUGAACAGGAUCCCCAUCAUGGCCAAGCAGGUUCUGGAUCUGUACAUGCUGUACAAGCUGGUGACGGAGAAGGGCGGAUUGGUGGAGGUCAUCAACAAGAAGAUCUGGAGAGAAAUCACCAAGGGUCUCAACCUGCCCACGUCCAUCACCAGCGCCGCAUUCACGCUCCGCACACAGUACAUGAAGUAUCUGUAUCCGUACGAGUGCGAGCGGAAGGCGUUGAGUUCUCCCAGCGAGCUGCAGGCCGCCAUCGACAGCAACCGUCGCGAAGGCCGUCGACCCAGUUACAGCAACAGCCUGUUCCGCUUUAGCCCCUCCCCCGGCUCCGCCCCUCACAUCCUGACCCCGCCCAAGAUGCAUCUGUCGGCUCUGGGAGCCGUGGGGGCCCUGAACGGACUGCAGGCGUCCCCGGGGCCGUCUCUGAAAAAGGGACUGGACGAUGGCAUCCCGUCUCUGCUGGGCCGCUCGUCCUCCAUGGCGCUGGCGUUGGGGCAGCAGCAGCAGGCGGCGGGUCUGGCGCGGGCCGCCACGCUGGAGCAGCUCCGAGAGAAGCUGGAGACGGAGGCGCCGGAGAGGAAGAUGGCGCGUCUGGCCGAGGAGCAGCAGAGACUCAUGCAGCAGGCCUUCCAGCACAACCUGCUCGCCAUGGCCUCGCAGAUACCCCUCAACCUGCGGCUCGGAGCUCCGGCCAGGGAAGAGAAGCAGGAUCUGGCCGUGAGCAUUUCCUCCAGCGGAGCGGCGAGUAUCAGCGUGUCGGUGGAAGUCAAUGGCAUCGUUUACUCAGGAACUCUGUUUGCCCAGAAGUCGGCGGCUGCAGCUGCGUCUGCGCCUCACGCUCCUCCUGCUGGACCCGGCUUCACCUUCUCUAGCUCCGCCCCCAGCCAAAGCCCCACCUCUUCCUCCUCCUCCAAGGGGCGGAGCUCAGCGGAGCCGUCCACCAGCGGCUCCCCGUAACCCGUCUGCUCACUGAUUGGUUAAAAUCAAACUGUUGCACAACCAGUACCUCAUUUUCUCCUGUCCACAUGGGCUGUCCGCGUGUUUGCGAACAUAUUUGCAGUUUUCGCACACACAUGCAUAAGAUAACACGGCUGGACCUCGUUCAUGAAUCGCAAGACGGUCUUAUGUAAAAGCCACAAUCGAUUCAAUGCAGCGAUUACGGAAGACCACGCGUGCUUGUGUUUCAUGAACGACGUCCGGCGUGUUUAGGAAAACGCUAAAUACAAUCAAGAACGUUCAGCCAAAUGACGGGCAGGUUUUACAGAACUUGAAGAUUUUUAUUUAGAGUGUGUUUCGAUCUGUCUUCUGAUUAUGUUUUCGUGACUUUAUUUUCUGAAUGAUCUUUUUCACUCAAGGUUCCUCAUUUUACAUUCAUACCUCAACCGUUACAGGAACGUCUUUUACCUCAGGAUUUGUAGUUUAGGCCUUCUCUGAAUGAGUUUUUAUUUUUUGUAGAAGUGUCAGGAUCAGAAACGCUGACGUGGUUUUAGGACGGGACCUCACUGAUUUUCUUCUAUGCAUCGGCCUCCCUGGCCGCCCGUCUGAACCUGAGUCUUGGAAUCUUAUGAUGUUCUUAGAAAUAUAUCUGCUGUUCGGCAGCGCGUUCGUUUGAUGAUUUCAGAGCCCGUCUGUCUCCGAGAACAACCGUCAAGUACCUCAGAAACCAGCUGAAUGUCUCAGUAGAUGUUUGAACGAGCAAUCAGCCCUCUAGAUGAUCUAGUAAAUAAUGUUCGGGUUUUAAAUACGUGGAUGAAUCUCAUGAAAAUCAAAAGGAAAUUAUAUAUAUAAUAAUUUUUUUUUUUGCA